AUGGAAAAAAUAAGGUUGUGUGGCCAGAAUCUUGAGACUUGGGGGAAAAAUCUCACUGGAAGCUUUAAAAAAAGGAUUGGUUUUUGGAAAAAGAAAAUUGCCCAGUUCAAGGGAAGCCAUGAUGCUGAUGAUAUUUCAGCUUACAAUGAAGCAGAAAAACAGCUUUUUGAAAUAUAUGCUCAAAGGGAAGUAUUUUGGCGCCAACGAUCGAAACAACUUUGGCUUAGAGAUGGUGAUAACAACAGCAGAUAUUUCCACACUUCAGCAACCACAAGACAAAAAAAUAAUGCAAUUACCAAACUUCAGGGGCCUAAUGGAGUCUGGUGCGAUUGGAAUUCAGGUUUGAAUCAUGUUAUUCAAAGCUAUUUUGAGGAAUUAUUUUGUUCUUCUAAUGUCCAUUUGGCUGGUGUGGUGGACAAUAUUCGUCCCUCGUUGACUGCUCAACAGAACGUCGACCUCCUUGCUUCGGUUACUGAAGAAGAAGUCAAGGCUGCACUAUUUCAGAUGCAUCCCGAAAAAUCACCUGGUCCCGAUGGCAUGACUCCCGGUUUCUUUCAAAAAUGUUGGAGCAUUGUUAAAAAGGAUGUUGUUGCUCUGGUUAUGGCCAAUCGUUUAAAAGCUGUGCUCCCUCAGUUAAUAUCUGAUACACAGAGUGCCUUUGUCCCUGGACGUUACAUGACUGAUAAUAUUGUGAUCUCUUAUGAGGUCAUGCAUUAUCUCAAGCAGAAAAGAAUGGGAAAGGAAGGCUAUAUGGCGUUGAAACUUGACUUUAGUAAGGCUUACGAUAGGGUUGAGUGGCAAUUUCUUGAAGCGGUCCUUCAAAGAAUGGGUUUUGAUUCUAAAUGGAUUCACCUUGUUAUGUCAUGUAUCUCAUCUGUUGAAUACAUGUUAAUCAAGCAUUAUGAAGUUUCACAUCAGAUUAGAGGUAUACGUGUUGCUAAUGGUGCUCCUUUUAUCUUCCACAUGCUUUUUGCGGAUGACAGCUAUAUUUUUUGCCGUGCUAAUGGAAAUGAUUCAACUAACGCUUCUGUCUGUUCUUCUAUUUGCCAAAGUAUGGGGAUUCAAGAAGCUGGUGAAAACAGUUCAUACUUGGGACUGCCAUGUACAAGUGGAAGAAAUAAAAAUGUUGUAUUUGGUUUUCUAAAGGACAAGGCUAGCAAGCGAAUAAUGAGUUGGGAAGGGAAGUUUUUGUCAAAGGCAGGUAAAGAGUUGCUUCUCAAAACGGUUGCGCAGGCUCUUCCUAAUCAUGCCAUGCACAAACAUAAAGGGGGACUCGGCUUUAAAGACUUGAGACAAUAUAAUAUUGCUUUAUUGGGUAAACAAGCUUGGAGAUUGCUGGUGCAUGAUUCAACAUUGGUGAGUAAGGUGUUUAAAGCUAGAUAUUUUCCUAAUGGGUCAUUCCUAUCUGCUAGCUUGGGAAACAAUCCCAGUUACGUUUGGAGAAGCAUUUUCGAAGCCAAGGAUCUUAUUAUGGCUGGGGCAAGGAGGAGUAUAGCAAGUGGCAUUCAAACUUUGAUACUUGGAGACCCUUGGCUCCCUGAUGUGGAGGAUCCGUACGUGCAUUCUAUACAUCCGGGGCUGGUGAAUCAAACAGUGGCUUCUUUAAUGUGUGUUCAGUCUAAGCAAUGGGAUAAAGAGAUCAUUGAGGACUUAUUUGAUACGAGAGAUCGUAACUUGAUUUUUAGUAUCCUUUUGUUCGAAACUGUACAAACUGAUUGUUGGUCCUGGAGCAAAGAUUGUACGGGAUUAUAUUCAGUAAAAAGUGCUUACGGGUGGCUGCAAAACCAGUCCAAUGUUCCUGGUUUGGAUACUGGUUUUUGGAAAGUGUUUUGGAAGAUAAAAGUUCAACCGAAGGUACUUCAAUUUGCUUGGAGAGCUCUCACUGACACCUUAGCUAUGAAAGUUCAACUCACCACAAAGCAUGUUUAUGUUAAUAAACUUUGCAUUUUCUGCAAUAUGGCAGAGGAGACAAUAAUACAUGUUCUGAAUAAUUCUAAGGAACAAAUAGAGGAAGCCUUGAUGGUGUCUUGGGCGAUUUGGAAUGCUAGAAACAACCUGAUGUGGAACCAAAAGAAUACUACUGCUGCUGAAGUAGUUUUAUCAGCGCGAACUCAUCUUUACCAAUGGCAAAAUGCUCAACAAACUAAGGGUGAACCUCCUUUAUCUCACUUUGAGGUAGGAAGAGAGGUGGAGCAUUGGACAAAACCAACUGAAUCUAUGGUAAAGGUUAACGUGGAUGGAGCUACUUUUGAAGCUACUAAUGCUUUUGGUUAUGGUUUCAUUUCAAGGGACACUAAUGGAGCGAUUAUUGAAGCAAGAUGUUCUAGUAAGAGUGGGAAUUCUUCACCCGAAACUGUUGAAGUGUUGGGAAUAAAAGAAGCCCUUAGUUGGAUUAAGGGGAAAACAUGGAGUAAGGUGGUGAUUGAAAGUGAUUGUCUCGUUGCUGUUCAGGCUAUCCAUACCAAAGUGGUGCUGCCAUCUUUGUUUGGUAUGCUUGUGCAAGACUGUCAGUACCUACUCUCACAAUUAUCUCAUGUUCAAUUGUGCUUUGUAAAGCGUUCUGCUAAUAAGGUCGCGCAUUUCCUUGCGCGUAGUUCUUGUUAUUUGUCAGAUCGUAGUUUCUUUAAAAACAAUUCACCUUCCGAAUUGUUAAAGAUUGUUGAAGAGCUAGUUUCAUUGAACAAGAGAAAAGUAUUCGGAAGAAGACUUAUCAAAGUCUUACUUUGGGAGGAAAGAGAGCUCUCCGCAAAUCCUUAUCUUCGAUUAAGCCGCUUCCGUCCUGAUCAGCCGCUUGGAAGCAAGCCACCACGUUGGGAUCCGUACCGGGUGGGAAAGUCGACGACGACACAAGCAACGCGAAGCCACACCACAACCCCAGUUUCUAAUCUGCUACUGCAGAUCGGUGCUAAGCUUGUUAAAGCAUUCAGGAACAUUCCUGGUGCUGACAUUGUUAAAAUUGAGAGACUUACCUUGCUUAAGCAUGUUCCUAAUAGUCGUCUCAGAAGGUUUGUGAUCUGA